UCAUCUUUUCCUCCGUGGCCUUUUCAGAUCUACUCCUGAUCAUCUUCACAAAUUCACACACCUCUUCGCCCUCAAAGCAUUGCUCGACAAUAUCAAUUCUGCCUAACUCUUGAGCCUAUACGAAUUUAUCCAACAUGCCUUUCACUGCUAGCGAUAUCUGCAAGAUUCUUCUUGCCAUCAUUCUGCCGCCCAUCGGUGUCUUCCUCGAGCGAGGCUGCGGCGCAGACCUCCUGAUCAACAUCCUUCUCACAAUCCUGGGUUACAUCCCCGGCAUCAUCCACGCUCUGUACAUCAUAUUGAAAUACUAAGCCGGCCUUCCACAACCGUAUCCGCCGGGUCAAAUCAUGACGUCGCACAACAUCAUGCCGUGCGUGCAAAAAUCAUUACACGAUUGACUGGCAAGUCUUUUUAGAAUGGAUGCGUUAGUGGAGGGGUGAAUUUACCGUCGCCGGCUCACCACUUGGCCGGCCAUAGACACCAUAAUGACAGUGGGCUUUCCUUUCUGGCUUUCCUUUGUUUUUUCUUGUCGGCUGGAGGUAGAUGCACCCUCUUUGCAAGGGAGCGUCAGGUUUGGCUAUUGUUAAUGAAUUGAUACCCGACUUCCUCUAAUCACAAUUAUUACCCAAUCUCAAACGA